CUCGGCGCGGUGUCCGGCCGGCCGUCAGCCCGCGUCAGUCCAUGGUGGCGGCGCCAGUCGCUCGCGGGGGCUCCGAGCGAGGAGAGGACUCCAGCCCGGCCGGCAGCCUGCGGACGGGACCGAGCAGGAGCGCGCGCGCACUUCCGCGGACAUCCGGCGGCGGGACAGCGCGUCCCGCAACGGUGCGUAGACAGGACAGCCUCCGCGACGCUCCCGCCCCAGCCUCCCGCCUUUUCGCGCGCGCGCGCCCGCCCGCCCGGCCUUUCCUGCCCAGCUUAUCGUCGUAACGCAGGGACCGACCGCGGAGUGACCUAGUUCCAGCAGACUUCCAUAGAUUUCACACGCGUUUUCUUCUGGUCUGUUUUCGUGUGAUUAACAACGAACUGACGCCGGGCGCAGGCCGCAGCAACAUCAUCAGCAGCAGUAGCAGCAGAGGACCCGACCGCACCGGCAUGGACCUCUCGCGGGCUCCUCGCGCCUCCGUCCUCGCGAUGCUCGCGGUCCUCGCGGGUCUCCCCGGCCCGGCAGACCUGGCGGCCGGCGGCUGGUCGGCCGGCUACUUCAACACGCUGUACGGUCCCGCGGUAGACCCCGGCGGCCUGGUGGAGCCCCACACCUCGCUCAGCCCGCCGCCGGCGUGGUCGGGCUACUCGGCAGGCUACUCGUCGGCCGGCUCCUCCUCGGCCGGCUACUCUUCGGUCGGCUUCUCCACCAGAGCCUACAACAAGCCCGAACAAGGCUACUCCACCGGAGUAUACUCCAGCGGAGGCUACUCCACCGGCUACGACUCCGGGACGCCGACGACGGCCGUGUUCGCGGACAGCCUCCUCUCCUCGCCGAUCACGGUGUCGCGCUCCAUUUCGAGGACGUCGCCGGCGGCCGACCUGGUCCUGUCGACGGCGACCGAGUUCACGACUAGGCCGCCGUCCACCGCGGGGCUCGUCUCGAAGCCGGCGAGUCCCUGGCGGAUGUUGCGCCCCUCCUCGGUAGUCUCCCUGGCCGAGGGUGCGGGCAAGUUCUUCGUCAGGGCGUUCCGAGCCUUCAGCGCCAGCGCCGCCGAGACAGUCCGGUUCGACUUGUUCACGAGAGACCAGCAGACAACCCCCACCAGACUCUACGCACGCAAGAGGGAGACCGUGGAGCAGUCCACCUUCAGUCCGAGCAAGCCGACCAAGUUCAUCAUCCAUGGCUUCCUGUCGCACCAGGGCCCCAGCUCUGGCGGGGACGCCCUUAAGGAUGCCUUCCUGGCCGUCCAGGACUGCAACGUCAUCACGGUGGACUGGUCCGGCGCCGACACCCACGAGUACAGCUCCGCCGUGAAGCUGGCCGUGCCCCGCGUGUCGACCGAGGUCGCCGAGAUGGUGCGGCUGCUGGCCGGCCAGGGCCUCAGCCUCGACGACGUGCACAUCGUCGGCCACAGCCUGGGCGGGCAGAUCGCGGGUGCAGCCGGCAGCAUGGUGCUGGGCCCCGCGGGCGCGGGCAGGAUCACGGCUCUGGACCCCGCCGGCCCGCUCUUCGAGAACCGCGACCCCGGCCACCGGCUCGACCCCUCGGACGCGGCCUUCGUCGACGUCAUCCACACGGACGGCGGCUACCUGGGCUACGCGGGCGCCACCGGCCACGUGGACUACUUCCCCGAGGGCGGCAUGCACGCGCAGCCCGGCUGCGGCAGGGACUCCAUCGGUCUCUGCUCGCACUGCCUGGCCUACGACGUGAUCAUCGACUCGCUUAGGCGGCCCAGCGCCAACGUGUUCCGGAACUGCUCGUCCUGGCAGGCCUUCCAAAGCGGCGAGUGCGAGGGUGGCAGCAAGGCCGUCAUCGGCGUCUACGCCGAUCCGAGGACGCGGGGGUCCUUCUACCGCAGGAGAACGGCGCCGUUGCGGGAGGAGCUGAGGAAGGCUGGUGACAGGGACCUCGUCGGGCUGUUCACCAUCCGGAGCAACGACGGUCGGGACGGGGUGAUGGUGCUGCAGUGCUGACGACGCGUCGUCCUGCUCGGUCGGGACGAUCCCGUCGUCAGACGCGUGACCGCAGUGGUAUUAAUUAUUGUUGCUCGCAAGUUGGGUUUGAGUUUCGAGGAACGCGCAAUGUGACGCGCAUCCCACUAACUUAUUACGAUGGCUGUGAUGGCUAGAUAGCCAAACAUUAAUCAAAUUGUCCUUUGUGCUUAUGAUAAUGCACUUAAGAAGAAAAAAAUGACGAGAAAAACGACUUGAUAUGUUUACUUUGUUGUUCCUAUUCUGUUGCAAAAGGGUAAAAAUAUAGAAAAGACGACAUACAAAUAUAA